AUGCAGGAGAAGGAGCAACAGGAGGAGGGCCAACAGCAGCAUCGAACGUGGGCAACCGGUACUGGUUCAGCCGCUGCUGCCACCAUGCAUACGGACGGGGGAAGGCUUUCUUUGCCAGCAGGGGGAGCGGCGCCUGCGUCCCCGCCCCCCUUGUCUUGGGCGAAGGGAGCAGCAGCUGGGGGGGGCGGUGGGCGGGGUGCAGCCAAGGGGGGUGGAGUGAGGAGAGGCGGCGGCGCUGGUGGUCAUGGUAGCACGGCGGCGGUGUCGUACGGGGAGGGAGGGGGCGGAGAGGAGGAAGAUUUAGACGAGAUUGGUGAUUUUUGAGGUGAUAUUUUCCGGGAAUGUGUUUGUCUUCUCUGUGUCUCGGACGAACGACCAGUUUGGUCUGGGCUGUUCGGCUUGUUCUUGUACGACUAAGUGCAUGUCUGUGUUUCCUGGCUCUGAGCAAUGCUCUUGCCAAUGUGUGUACAGAAACUAUAGUGUGAUUUCCCAUUUUCCCGCGAUCAGUGUUGGGUGAUUUUUUGUGUCAGGCAGAAAAGUCUUGUCAGGCGCACCAACGUCUUGCGGGUUGUUUCUUGUCUUUCGUUGUUUGCGUGGUACGAUGUAUCGUGGUCCGUGUUGUCGUCAGUGUCGCUGGUUGGUCCGCAACCUUGUUUGUCGUGUGUUACUCUAUCAAUGUUGAAUGAUCCGCAGCUGAUCGAUUUCGCUGCUGCUGCUGUUGCGGGCCUGUAACGUUCUUGGAUGAUGCAGACGGAGGCUUUUUUUUUCGUUGAUACGCCAACUCAAAGCAACGGGUGCUCUCUUCGUGUUUGUUGUAUAUUUCUUGAGCAAGAAGAUGAGCGGGGGCAGCUGAAAUGCUGCGUGAACAUGGUGUGCGUAUGUGCAUUUUUUUUGGCGAGUUGUUGUUGCUCCGUGGGAGUGAGUGUGCGGGCGAGACACAAUGGAGGCGACAACAGAUUCGUUUCUCGACAUGACUACAGCAAUACGGAAGAACGAAUG